CAAUACUUGACGCCACACCCGCGGACACCAACUAAAGCCGUUCGGGAGCAAGCAUUGUGUAUCCGGCAGUGGAGCUAGUCGUCGGCUAUGUUGUUCGCGAAGGCCGACAAGGCCAAGGACAAACCGUACAGUGGGGCGUGGGACGCCGAGGCGGCCGAGUCUUACCAUGAAUCAUCGUUUGACGAGAACGGAGAGGGGGAAGAGGGGCAUGGCGAAGCCAUUCUCAUCGAGUCGACCGACAUUUGCUCAUUCCUCUGCCGUGGUGCAAUCUCGUUUGUCCGCUGGUGGUGUGUCAUUCCGCUGAUCAUCGUAGCCAUCUGGGCAUCGCUCUUCUUCACCCUCGCCCUCGACUGGCCGAAGUGGCAGAGCAACCACAUCGAGAUCAAGGACUGCAUCGUCAUCGGUGAGACCUUCACCUCGUCGAGUGCCUACCAUACUGUCGGCAUCAUCCGCGACAACGUGACGUAUCCCUUUAGGGUCAACGACUUGCAGAUGGCCGAACGCAAGUUCUCGUGCGGUGUCGACGACAACAUCUACGAUCUGUUGGAGGACGAGACGAUGCCCGGCGACUUUAUCUCGUGCUAUGUCAACAAGAAGGCGUGGGAGGCUGCCGGACAGCAUCCUGCGGCAUACAGGGGGCCGGUCAAGAUCUGGCCCGAGGUUGUGCGGUUUUGUUGGAUUCUGUACCUGCUGCCGUCGCUGCUCAUCCCGCUACCGAUGAUGGCGGCCUUCCUCGCGAUUGUGAUGUGUGUUUGGUGCAGCUCGACGCAUCCUGCCGACGUCAAGUGCCGGCAGGCACUGUGUCGCGGUGGCGCCGCCUCUUUUCCGUGGUGCCUCAUGGGCGUGGGCGUCAUCAUCUGGCUCUCGGUCUUCCUCGCGGUCAUCUUGCCUACCUACACUGACGACGGAGUGUGCACGGUUGUGGCCAAGGCACGGCGGAUUGACUGCCUGUUUUGCUGGGACGGCGCCUCGCGGACGCCCAAGGGCGCGAUCAACUGGUGCACAUCGCGGCUGUGCGAGCCGGCCAAGCGGGCGGACUUGCCACGGUCGCUCUACACGGCGCGGGUAGAGGUCGAUUACGUCUCGGGCUCGCGGUCGGGCUUUGCGGUUGCAGACCGGGACAUUGUGGCCGUCCCGGAGCGAUCGUCUCUUGGCUCGUCGACAAGAGAUGCCAAGGUGUCCCCGUUCCUGGACGCAAUCCAGGUGGGACAGGUGAUCAACUGCCAUGUGGGCAAGUUUGGCUCGCGACAUGUGUACCUGCGCGACCCCGCGGAGCGGUCGGCCAUCAAGGCGGCGUUUAUUGUGACGACGAUUCUUCUGGUGCUCUCGCUGCUGACUGGCGCGUCGCUCUUGUUGAAGAUGAAUCAGUGCUGCUCUUGGUGCUACAUGGAUCCCAAGCCAUCUGCAAUUGGACGAGCAAGCGCGUCGCUGGAUGCAAUGAUGAGCUCGAAGGAGCCGGUGGCUAGCGAGGGCCCGACGAUUGUGCACGCGCACAAGUUUGAGGGCGCCAAGUUGUCGACGAUAUUUGGCGUAGACGCUGCGGCUGCCCCGACGGCCAAGAGCGACGAGAGCUCGCUCCCGAUCGAAGGCUCGGACGUGCACCUGCGUGCGUCAGAGAUGUCGUCGGACCUCGCGGCGAUUCUGGCGGAGAUUGGGUCGUUUGACGACUCGGACUCGGAGGAGGCUGUGAAGCGGGCACUUGUCAAAGACAAGGCGUCGGGCGUGCCGGUGGUAGUCCGUGCCAAGCGUGAGCGGAUCAAGCGGCUGGUGAACCACGUCGAGUCGAGCGACUCGGACGAUGUGGCCGAGAAGAUGGUCGAGGUCAAGCAACUGCUCAACGAACUGGACCCGAGCCUGUUCCAUGUGCUCACGCACGAGCUCGAGCAAGUGAAGAACGACGACGCGGACGCGCCCUCGGUGGACGUGCUCCUCCUCCGCCUCUUGCGCGAGCGGUCGUCGUCGUCGUCGUCGUCGGGCAUCGACUCGGAUUCUGACUCGGAGUCCGAGUCCGAGUCGGAACGGUACUCAGAUAUGGACGAGUCCGAGUCGGACUCAGAGGCUGACGACGAGGAAGACUCUGAUGAGGAGUUUGACUCCGAGUCAGAAUCCGAGUCCGAGUCCGAGUCGAACAAGCGUGCGCGGCGAGCAAAGGCGCGGUCGCGGAUGGUCCGCAGGCGAAAGUAAAAAGCAAAGGCGUGUCUAGA